AUAGGAGUCGUCGACUCCACGGUGACCGUAGUGACGCCUCUUUCGAAGCCGAACCGCCAACAUUUUGUUGUUGUUGUUGUUGUUUUGGAUGUAAAAUUCAACGCAGCGAUCAGCCUUCGGCUACCCCCCUCCGGGCAGCGAAUCUGCUCCACCAUGUUGUGCUGCAAGACUCCAGAGACCUCCAAAACUCAAGAUGAGAUGAUUCUGGAAGGAAAGGAAAUCAAGACCACCCUGGUUAUCUCGCUUGCUUUCCAGCUGGUCUUCACCGCCUUCAAUGCCCUGCAGGUUAGUCAGAGGCUUGGUCUAAAUUAGUCAGAGGCUUGGUCUAAAUUAGUCAGAGGCUUGGUCUAAAUUAGUCAGAGGCUUGGUCUAAAUUAGUCAGAGGCUUGGUCUAAAUUAGUCAGAGGCUUGGUCUAAAUUAGUUAGAGGCUUGGUCUAAAUUUGCCAGAGGCUUGGUCUAAAUUAGUCAGAGGAUUGGUCUAAAUUAGUCAGAGGCUUGGUCUAAAUUAGUCAGAGGCUUGGUCUAAAUUAGUCAGAGGCUUGGUCUAAAUUAGUCAGAGGCUUGGUUAUAAUCUUAAGUAGUCAAGAGUCUUGGUCUUAAGUAGUCAGAUUCUUGGCUUUAAUUAGAAUUAGUCAAAGGCUUGGUUUCAAUUAAUUAGAGUCUUGGUCUCAAUUGGAAAUAUAACAGAGUUACGGGGAACCCCAAAAGAUAAAAAAAACUAAACAACUAACAUUUCGACUGAAAAGUCUUCAACAGCAGAGGUCAUUGGUCAUUAGUCUGGCCUGUGUAGUCGACAGCUAAAUUUCCCUCUCCAGUUUCCUUGUGUCUAAAAGCAAUUGUAUUAUCCCAAGCCAGGUUUAGCUAGAUGGUUUUGGUCAGCAAUCAUUAUCACCGGCCAUAACGACUAAUAAGUGGAUAUUUUUUUUUUUUUUUUUUUUUAAAUUUUGAAAGAAGAAAAUGACCUAGAUACAGCUUUUUUUGAAUCCUUUUCUUUUUUCACAAUAUAUAUAUAUAUUGAAAUUCUGAAAAGUUUUGAAUCAAUCCGAACAAACAGUGACUUCAUUCUUCCUGAAUCUUCCCCCUAAUGACUCAAUCAAUCCCACCAAGUGAGAAUAAGCAGGACUCUGCAGGACACUUGCUACAAUACAGAAACAAUCAGAUUAGUAGUAAACGGAAAUUGCCGUUUCGCGGUUCUCAAACAAAUUUCCGAAUACGCUGACUGACUAGCUGGCUGGGUGACAAAAUCUUUGGACACCUAACUAACCCACUUCCGGUCGGGCUGUUGAGCUGAAACUUGGCACAUCGACUCGUUGCCAAUGACAACACAUUCUUUCAAAAUUGCAGCCCCAACCAUUCGCCCUUAACCCCACACCAGCCCCACCCCUCCCCACCCAAAUAAAAUCAUUUUUUGUCCCCCUGUUUUUCAUGGGGUAUAUCAAGGAAAAUUCCCGAUAACUGCGCUAAAUGAGAUUCUUAAAUAAAUUCCUAUAUGCGUUUGGUACGUUACAUUUUCUUUAGCUCUUCUGAAAUAGUUGGUAAAUUAAAUCUGCAGUGUAAAUGAGGGUGGGUCAUUAGAAUUUAAUAUACGAAGGGGCUAUUCGGAACCGGGUAUCAGAAGUGAGAGGUUGGGACUAACUAAAAAAAAAAAUUAAAAUAUUAUUGUGGGUUUGUAAGACAAAAUUUGGUAUCAAAUGAAAAAUAAUUGAAUGGAAUAUAUGUGUGUAAACUUACUUCUUCAGUUUAACGUAAAUAAACUACCACAAAUGGCAUCCGAAUAGCAUUUAGUCUAAAGGGACACGGGUCCGAAUCGCCGCAGCCUUUAAUAUAGUUCAGGGGUCAUGAAAAAAAUGUGCGGUUGCGAGUCUUUGGGGUGGGGUGAGGGGGGGGGGCACUAAUUGGUAUUCUUAUAAAGUGUGUUACUUGUAGGAAAGUUUUGUCCAAAUUUUAAGCACCACCCCCUCCCCUCCUCCCCCUCCUCCCCCCCCCCCCCCCCUCGAUUGCUAGCUAUAACAUUUUAUAAAGGGGUCGUUUUUAGGGGUUGUUUAUUUAUUUAUGUAUAUUUAUUUUUAUUUUUUUUACCAAAUUCCCAGAACCUGCACAGCUCACUCCACGAUGAGCACAGUCUCGGGCUCAUCUGUCUGUCCACCAUCUACUUCACGGCCAUCGUGUCCAGCAUCUUCUCGCCCACCAUCAUCGGCCUGAUGGG